CACAUAACCAUUCUCAGGUUUCGUUAGAAUACAUGGGUCGUUAUAAAACUAAUACAGGUAUCUUAAUUCCAUUGUGUGUUCAUGUUUGUUUCAAAACUUGGAACAGAUAGUUUUAGUUUAGUUGAUCAUAUUAAUAGUAGCAAUAGUAACUGAAAUCUUCCGCCCUGUCUCAAACAUAGCUUAUAAACAGGUGGAUUCACGGUCUCAAGCAGUAAAACUAAAGGCCCGCAGUUAGAUAGUUUGCUAACUGUUGUAGUUUUUUGUCGACUAAGUCUGGCCUAGUAUGAGUCAGGAGAGUCAGGAUAUCUGACACAGGACUGCUGCUGAGUAGUAAUGGUAGCUCAAAGUGUCGAGUUACCGACCCGUUGCUACAGCAAUGUUGCUGAGCAACAUGUGAUAACAUUGAAGACAGGUUGAGAUCAGGUGAGACAACUGUCUCGGAUCUACAACAGGGCAGCCGUUUGGCGAGUUCAGCACCCUGGACAGCGCCUGGUCCCGGUGAACAGCUCCACUCAGGUUUAAAGACUUCUUUGUUUGUUUGUGUUUGUGUUAGUUUAUCUUGAAGAGAUGACUACGGAUGGAUGUCUCACAAACUCUAAGGACACGUUUGUAACCCCGAAAGGCUCUGUUUAGAGGAAUGUUCAGGAAAAUCAAUAAUGUGUUCCGUCCCAACCAUCAUGGACACAGAGGGCGGGAUGGUGGUGGUGGCGGCCGUGGGUUUCGGUCUGAGCAGGACUACCACAGCGCCUGCACCGUCCGGCUGGUCCGCAGCACCUCCAUGCUCGUGGUGGGAGAGAAAACUCAGGCAGCCGCGGGCUCGACUUUAAAACGCAGCAAAAGUACAGUGAGCAUCGAGUCGACCUUGUACUAUUAUCAGAGACAAGAGGACAGGAUAUGGCUCUACUCUCAGAACCAGAAUUGCCUCGAGUACCUGGAAGCACUUGUGGCUUUGAGGCGGCAGUACACAAAGAGCGUGAGUGACUUGAAAAGGAACGACAACAAGGCCACAGUGUCCUCCAAGAAGAAGCCUGCGCCUCCGCCACCUACCAAGGAAGAACCGAUACCGAGAGCCAAACCCUCUGCCCCUCCGGCGUCCAGCGAGGAGGACACUUUGCAGUUCUUUGAUGCGGUCAUCGCCAGCUGCGACAGCGAGCCCCUGCGCAAACCUUACAUGGAUGAUGGACACGCAGACGUGGAUUUCAUAGUGGCCUCCAGCUCUGCUGAACACGACCUCCACUCAAAUUGGGUCUUGCGGGUUCCUAGAGUCGCCGAUGACUCCAAGCAGAAAGAGGUUCAUUACUGUGCCAAUGAAAGCACCCCGAAGAAGAAAAACCAGAGCGGGUCCACAAGCAGCAGACUGCGACUUCAGAGGAACCCGAUCCACCUGCCCAAAGUGGUGGAGAGCGCAUUCCAGACUCUGCGCUUCAAGCCCAAAUUAAAAAAGCAGUGA